AUGCUUCUGCCUUCAGUUGUUGGCGCGGUUGGCCUUCUUGGCACGGUUGCUGAAGCUGCUCCUCGCGGUUCUUGGUUCCGUCGAACUCAACCUCAAGUUGCUCGAUCUGCCAAUGAUUAUACUCCUCCCAAGUAUACUCCUAUUGCCAGUUACACGCCUCUCAAGAACACGACUACUUCUGUCAUCAGCUCGACAACUCUUGAGCCAACCAUCCAAUGCCCUACCGACUAUUUCUUUGUCACUACCAGAACUGUCGAUGUCACAGUUACAGUCACUGCUUCUUCCAACGGAUCUCACUACACCACUGAGAUCUGCAAAGAUUGCACCAAGACUGUGACUAUCAGCAACACCGUCCUUGUGCCUCCUACCAAGUAUGCUUCGACUCUUCCAUACGGUAGUGAGAACACCGGUUCUCCCUACCGCCCUGUCAAUUCAACAUAUGCGGCACCUUCUCAAACUAGGACCGGCAAUGACUAUCCUCACUUGAACUCAACCGCCGGAUACUCAUUCACCAUGCCUAUCGAUCAGCAUGCCUCGCCUACUUACCAGACCCCUGGAGAGAGCGCAGUCUACAGUGCUACUGAUGGUCAGGUUUCUCCCCCGGUUUACACCAAGCCGGCCAACACCAAGCCUGUGUACUCGGAUCCUACUUAUAGUAACUCGACUGGUACACCACCAGGAUACGUUCCUCCCGUAUACACCAAGCCUGCUUACUCUUCUCUUGCUUCUGGUAACGAAACUGUGCCUGUGUACACCAAGCCUGUGAACACGCCUGUUUACUCAGCCCCAGUCUAUACGAAGCCUAGUUUGCCUGGUAACACUUCAGUCGUUACUCCUCCUGUUUACACGAAGCCUGUCGAGGCUCCCAUCUACACGCCUCCUGCUUACACAAAGCCAGCUUACCCUGGUCCUGUAAUCCCUGGUAACUCUUCUACUGUUGAGCCUCCAGUCAUCUCCGCGACCACCGAAGAUGCAAUCUACACCCCGCCAGUCUACACCCCGCCAGUCUACACCCCGCCAGUCUACACCCCGCCAGUCUACACCAAGCCUGUGUACCCAGUCCCUGCCAUCCCCAGCAACUCUUCAACGAUUGAGCCCAUCAUCCCAACUCCCACAGGCUCUUCCGCCAGUGAGACUUCAGCUUCGCUCUCGACCAGCGCUGAUGUUGACCCCAUUUACACACCACCCGUCUACAACCCUCCCGUCAUCAGCAGUGAGCCUUCUGAGUACUCUACCAUCUCUAUUCCCACCAACUCGACCAUUCCUCCUAUAAUCCCUACAACCUCUGAGGAUCCCAUCAUUAUCUCAACCACAGAUAGCGCCACCACCUCAGAGACCGAGACGUCUUCUGCUGAGACCACUUCCUCUACUGUCACCAGCUCUCAGGUGCCACCAGUGAUCCCCACCCCCUCAACCACCGAGGCCUUCACUUCCACCACCGAGACAUCGGAAACCACAAUCACUGAGACGAGCGUCGAGACUGCCACAACCAGUCCCACCGUGACACCCUUCCAGCCCACCCCCACACCCGAGGCAUUCAGCUAUGAGCAACCGCGACAAGGCGGACUGGCUGCGGCUAUCAGGCUGGGCCUUGGAAUCGGCGCUUAA